UCAAACAAAUUAUGAGCACCUUCAAAACUACAAAAUGGAAAGAAAUUCCUUGCCAACUUGAAGAAAAUACAUACUUAGGGAUAAAUGAAACCAAUCACUUAAAGUUUAAGCUUGAAAACCUAGUGUUGGAAUUGGCUAAGCUCACAGAGAACUCUGAGUGGUCUUACGCAUAUGCAGAUACACACGGUCCACAAUUAAGUGCACUGUCUCUAACAACAUAGCACCUGAACGUAACAGGCAUUUGGCAAAUGCUUAAAGGAGUGAAUACAGAUUUCAAUCUGUAUUAGAAAUCAGAAUUUCUAAACUCCUGGCUUUGAAAUGUCACUGUGUCCAGACUUCAUUUGCACAUUUUUACACAUACUUCAUCUUUACUGUGAAGUAUCCAGAAACUUGAUUCACAAAAUUAGGCCUAGAAACCUCUCCCCGCCCUCUUCCUUCCACGAAUAUGUUCACCAAAAAACUAGCUUUAUUAGCCACAAGUUAGGACAGAGUAUAGAUAAAAUUCAACAAGUCUCUGACUUCAAAAUGCCCAUAUGGAAAAUUUACAACUGUUGAAAGAUGAGAUAUGACCAUGACUUAAUCACUUAGUAAUGAAAGAAAAAUGUGGUAAAAUGUAGCUGCUAUGGAUUCACUUAACAAUUUUCAAAUAAACUGUAUACCUUAGUAUGUGCCUAUCUACAUCAUUUUUAUAGCAAAGGCUAAAUAGUUCAAAAUACUUAUAAAGAUCCAAUUGAGGAUCUGGUGGUAUUAAUCAUAUAAAUAAUGCAUUAACUACAGAUAUAUUUUCAAAAGCUUCUUGAAAACAGCAGAAAUAUUGUGAUAGGGCAAAGAAAACCAACAAAAUAUGUUAUUUAAAGGAAAAACGUUUAAAAAUUUAAACAUUCAAAAUAUUUAAUUAUGUGAAUAUUAUUUGGUCAUUAAAACAGCUGUGAUGCUUUGACAGCUCCCCCCUCCCCAACCUGACCAAUGGCUCAGUGUGGGAUUUCUGCUUCUUGUCAGUAAUGACUCAGAUAACAAAAGCUUCAAGAAAUGUCUUCUUAGUACUAUUUUAAGGAGAUAUUUUUAAAAGGAACCCUAUAAAUUUGAAUUACUGACUUGCCAAAAGGUGGCCAUCGGGUUUUAAACUUUUUAUGAUUAGUGUGCCAGGAAUCUUUAUCUUACCAAUCAACAUGUGAAGAGGGGAAAAAAAUGGAAAGAACCGUCUAGCAUUUUCUUGAACAAGACCAUUUUAUUCUCUUAGAAAUACAUACAAAUAUCCCUCUUUAACACAUUGAUAAUCUUUUGAAAAAAGAACAUCUGAUUUCUGAAGCCUAUGUGCUAAGACAGCCUUAAUAUCAAAAAGAAGUUCUUUCAUCUCAAAAUCAUUAAAUGUGUAUCUUAAAACUUUUCAUGCAAGGUUGUUUGCAGACCAUAGACACUAAUGCCUACUUUGGUUGCCUACACAUAUUGCUACACACUAACCCACCUAGCCUUGUGUCCCUAUAAGAAAAGUACAUUGGAUCACCGAAACUCAAAGACAAUAAAUCUGAAUACGUUUGUGUUAUGAUGGUUUUAAUCUUAGUUAUAAAACUAGCUGCCUACCCUACUUUUUGAUUAUAGUGAUAACUUCCUUUCCUGGGAGGCUGGGUUUUCCAAAAGCAUCAAAAAAGAAAGGUGGUAACAGGGGGAAAAGACAGCAUGACUAAGAAACCUCAGGUCCCGUGGCAGCAGGGAAGCCAGCCAUUUGUGCAUCUGUAGGAUAUAUUAGUAGAAAUGUCCUGAGUAUCAUUUUGUUUCUGUGUUUGAUGUUACAUAUUUGUAGCAUUUGACAUAAGGAAUUAGGUUUUCCUAAGAGUGGAAUGCCAAGGAAACUGUUGAUACAAACAGAAAAGCAGUUUGACAACGUCAUUAUCAUGAGAUAACUGAAAUACAGAUUUAGGCAGGAAAAAUGCUAUGAAAACAUCUUUCCAACGUGAAAACCAUGUUUGUAAUACUAUUUAAAACACUGGAGAUUUCUUUAGGGCCUGACCAUUUAUCUCUAAAACAACAUGACUUCAAGAUUAAAACGGGCUCAUUCUGAAAUAGCACUUUCAUCCCACUUAAUAUUCAGUUUGAACAUAAAAUGUAACCAGUCAGUGUAGAAAAAAAACAGAUUUACCAACAGUCCUGGCACCAAGAUAAAAUGUCAAACUGGGCCUAAGUUUUUUCUCCUUAAAAUAGUUUUGCGACUUGGGUUGCAUUCCAGUGGGAAGGGGGCAGCAGGCCCAUGAGCGUGCACAUUCCAACAGAAGUUUUCUGCCUCUGAGGCCCAAGGCCUCCCAACCCCUGGACAAGCCUAUCGCUCUCCUGCACAAGAGGGUAUAUCAAAGCAGCCCGUGGUGAUAUAUGAAAACCAGAGAUCAUCACGCCUCAGGGAGGUGAUGAGCUGACAUGCUGACAGAAGCCAUUUACCGCACGUCUCAAUUCCAGUUUUCCUGUAGAGCCACUGGGGGAGAGGCCCAUCUUUAGGUAGGCAGUGAGUAUGGCAGAUGAGGAAGGAAAAACUCGUUGAAAAGAACCCAAAAAGAAGGUGUGGUUUUUCAAAUUCUAAAUCUGAAAAAGUAAUCACUGUGACCUAAAGUUGCAGCGAGGUGACAUGCGGUUUAAGCCCGUGGAACGCUUAAAACGCUACUGUGGGAAGAAUCUCUGGGCUUUAGGAAGUUACAAGGGGAGAAGCUCCGGGGGAAGAGAUUUAUUUCCUUAAAAAAUCUGACCCGUGAGCACACAUCUGGAAGUUGACCAUGCUUCGAGCCUUUGGCCAGCCCUCUGUGCCUGCAUACCAGCCGCUUUCCAGCCACUCUGCUGCUGAAGCAGAGGUGAAGUUUAAGGGCACUUUGGUGCAUGAAGCUCAACUCAACUGCUUCUACAUCCCUCCUGGAGGUUCCAACUAUGGGAGCCCACGCCCAGCUCAUGCCAACAUGAACGCCAAUGCAGCUGCGGGACUCGCCCCUGAGCACAUCCCCACGCCGGGUGCGGCCUUGUCUUGGCAGGCGGCCAUCGAUGCAGCCCGGCAGGCCAAGCUGAUGGGCAGUGCCGGCAACGCGACCAUUUCCACGGUCAGCUCCACGCAGCGGAAGCGGCAGCAGUAUGGGAAACCCAAGAAGCAGGGCAGCACAACGGCCACGCGCCCACCCCGCGCCCUACUUUGCCUGACUCUGAAGAACCCAAUCCGGAGGGCGUGCAUCAGCAUCGUCGAAUGGAAACCAUUUGAAAUAAUUAUUUUACUGACUAUUUUUGCCAAUUGUGUGGCCUUAGCGAUCUAUAUUCCCUUUCCAGAAGACGACUCCAAUGCCACCAAUUCCAACCUGGAACGAGUGGAAUAUCUCUUUCUCAUAAUUUUUACUGUGGAAGCAUUUUUAAAAGUAAUAGCCUAUGGACUUCUCUUUCACCCCAACGCUUACCUCCGCAAUGGUUGGAAUUUACUAGAUUUUAUAAUUGUGGUUGUAGGGCUUUUCAGUGCAAUUUUAGAACAAGCAACCAAAGCCGAUGGGGCAAAUGCUCUAGGAGGAAAAGGAGCUGGAUUUGACGUGAAGGCGCUGAGAGCAUUCCGUGUGCUGCGCCCCUUGAGGCUGGUGUCUGGAGUCCCAAGUCUCCAGGUGGUUCUGAAUUCCAUUAUCAAGGCCAUGGUGCCCCUGCUGCAUAUUGCCCUGUUAGUGCUGUUUGUCAUUAUCAUCUAUGCCAUAAUCGGCUUGGAGCUCUUCAUGGGGAAAAUGCAUAAGACCUGCUACAACCAGGAAGGCAUAGCAGAUGUUCCAGCAGAAGAUGAUCCUUCCCCUUGUGCUCUGGAGACAGGCCAUGGGCGGCAGUGCCAGAAUGGCACUGUGUGCAAGCCCGGGUGGGAUGGGCCCAAACAUGGCAUCACCAACUUUGACAAUUUUGCCUUCGCCAUGUUGACGGUAUUCCAGUGCAUCACCAUGGAGGGCUGGACAGAUGUGCUGUACUGGGUCAAUGAUGCCGUAGGAAGGGACUGGCCCUGGAUCUAUUUUGUUACACUAAUCAUCAUAGGGUCAUUUUUUGUACUUAACUUGGUUCUCGGUGUUCUUAGCGGAGAGUUUUCCAAAGAGAGGGAGAAGGCCAAAGCUCGGGGAGAUUUCCAGAAGCUUCGAGAGAAGCAGCAGCUGGAAGAGGACCUAAAGGGCUACCUGGACUGGAUCACCCAGGCAGAGGACAUCGAUCCUGAGAAUGAGGAUGAAGGCAUGGAUGAGGAGAAGCCCCGAAACAUGAGCAUGCCCACAAGCGAGACCGAGUCUGUCAACACCGAAAACGUGGCUGGAGGUGACAUCGAGGGAGAGAACUGCGGGGCCAGACUGGCCCACCGGAUUUCUAAAUCAAAAUUCAGCCGCUACUGGCGCCGGUGGAAUCGGUUCUGCAGAAGAAAGUGUCGUGCUGCAGUCAAGUCUAAUGUCUUCUACUGGCUUGUGAUCUUCCUGGUGUUCCUCAACACACUCACCAUCGCCUCAGAACACUACAAUCAGCCCCACUGGCUCACAGAGGUCCAAGACACGGCCAACAAGGCACUACUGGCCCUUUUUACGGCAGAGAUGCUGCUGAAGAUGUAUAGCCUGGGCCUGCAGGCCUACUUUGUGUCCCUCUUCAACCGCUUCGACUGCUUCAUCGUGUGUGGGGGCAUCCUGGAGACCAUCCUGGUGGAGACCAAGAUCAUGUCUCCCUUGGGCAUCUCUGUGCUGAGAUGUGUCCGGCUCCUACGGAUAUUUAAAAUCACAAGAUACUGGAACUCCUUAAGCAACCUGGUGGCAUCCUUGCUGAAUUCUGUGCGUUCCAUUGCCUCCCUGCUCCUACUCCUCUUUCUCUUCAUCAUCAUCUUCUCCCUCCUGGGGAUGCAGCUCUUUGGAGGAAAGUUCAACUUUGAUGAAAUGCAGACUCGGAGGAGCACAUUUGAUAACUUUCCGCAGUCCCUCCUCACCGUGUUUCAGAUCCUGACCGGGGAGGACUGGAAUUCGGUGAUGUAUGAUGGGAUCAUGGCUUAUGGCGGCCCCUCUUUUCCAGGGAUGUUAGUCUGUAUUUACUUCAUCAUCCUCUUCAUCUGUGGAAACUAUAUCCUACUGAAUGUGUUCUUGGCCAUUGCUGUGGACAACCUGGCUGAUGCUGAGAGCCUCACAUCUGCCCAAAAGGAGGAGGAAGAAGAGAAAGAGAGAAAGAAGCUGGCCAGGACUGCCAGCCCAGAGAAGAAACAAGAGAUAGUGGAGAAGCCAGCAGUGGAGGAAACCAAGGAGGAAAAAAUUGAACUGAAAUCCAUUACAGCUGAUGGAGAGUCCCCACCCACCACUAAGAUCAACAUGGAUGACCUCCAGCCCAAUGAAAAUGAGGAUAAGAGUCCCUACCCCAACCCAGAAAAUACAGGAGAAGAGGAUGAGGAGGAGCCUGAGAUGCCUGUGGGCCCCCGCCCACGACCACUCUCUGAGCUGCACCUUAAGGAAAAGGCAGUGCCCAUGCCAGAAGCCAGUGCGUUUUUCAUCUUCAGCCCCAACAACAGAUUUCGCCUCCAGUGCCACCGCAUUGUCAAUGACACGAUCUUCACCAACCUGAUCCUCUUCUUCAUUCUGCUCAGCAGCAUUUCCCUGGCAGCUGAAGAUCCUGUCCAGCACACCUCCUUCAGGAACCAUAUUCUGUUUUAUUUUGACAUUGUUUUCACUACCAUUUUCACCAUUGAAAUUGCUCUGAAGAUGACUGCUUAUGGGGCUUUCCUACAUAAGGGCUCUUUUUGCCGGAACUACUUCAACAUCUUGGACCUGUUGGUGGUCAGCGUGUCCCUCAUUUCCUUUGGCAUCCAGUCCAGUGCAAUCAAUGUGGUGAAGAUUUUACGAGUUUUGCGAGUCCUCAGGCCCCUGAGGGCCAUCAACAGGGCCAAGGGGCUAAAGCACGUGGUUCAGUGCGUGUUCGUCGCCAUCCGGACCAUCGGGAACAUCGUGAUUGUCACCACACUGCUUCAAUUCAUGUUCGCCUGCAUUGGGGUCCAGCUUUUCAAGGGAAAGCUCUACACCUGUUCAGAUAGUUCCAAACAGACCGAGGCGGAAUGCAAGGGUAACUACAUCACAUACAAGGACGGGGAGGUUGACCACCCCAUCAUCCAACCCCGCAGCUGGGAGAACAGCAAGUUUGACUUUGACAAUGUUCUGGCAGCCAUGAUGGCCCUUUUUACCGUCUCUACCUUUGAAGGGUGGCCAGAGCUGCUGUACCGCUCCAUCGACUCCCACACAGAAGACAAGGGCCCCAUCUACAACUACCGUGUGGAGAUCUCCAUCUUUUUCAUCAUCUACAUCAUCAUCAUUGCCUUCUUCAUGAUGAACAUCUUCGUGGGUUUCGUUAUCGUCACCUUCCAGGAGCAGGGGGAGCAGGAAUACAAGAACUGUGAGCUGGACAAGAACCAGCGACAGUGCGUGGAAUAUGCCCUCAAGGCCCGGCCCCUGCGGAGGUACAUCCCCAAGAACCAGCACCAGUACAAAGUGUGGUAUGUGGUCAACUCCACCUACUUUGAAUACCUGAUGUUCGUCCUCAUCCUGCUCAACACCAUCUGCUUGGCCAUGCAGCACUAUGGCCAGAGCUGCCUAUUCAAAAUUGCCAUGAACAUCCUCAACAUGCUCUUCACUGGCCUCUUCACCGUGGAGAUGAUUCUGAAGCUCAUUGCCUUCAAACCCAAGGGUUACUUUAGUGAUCCCUGGAAUGUUUUUGACUUCCUCAUCGUAAUUGGCAGCAUAAUUGACGUCAUUCUCAGUGAAACUAAUCACUAUUUCUGUGAUGCAUGGAAUACAUUUGACGCCUUGAUUGUUGUGGGUAGCAUUGUUGAUAUAGCAAUCACCGAGGUAAACCCAGCUGAACAUACCCAAUGCUCUCCCUUUAUGAAUGCAGAGGAGAACUCCCGCAUCUCCAUCACCUUCUUCCGCCUCUUCCGGGUCAUGCGCCUGGUCAAGCUGCUGAGCCGAGGGGAGGGCAUCCGGACCCUGCUGUGGACCUUCAUCAAAUCCUUCCAGGCCCUGCCUUACGUGGCUCUUCUGAUAGUGAUGUUGUUCUUCAUCUAUGCGGUGAUUGGGAUGCAGGUGUUUGGGAAGAUUGCCCUGAAUGACACCACAGAGAUCAACCGGAACAACAACUUCCAGACCUUCCAAGCUGUGCUGCUUCUCUUCAGGUGUGCCACAGGGGAGGCAUGGCAGGACAUCAUGCUGGCCUGUAUGCCAGGGAAGAAGUGUGCCCCUGAGUCGGAGCCCAGCAACAGUACAGAAGGUGAAACACCCUGUGGCAGCAGCUUCGCAGUCUUCUACUUCAUCAGCUUCUACAUGCUCUGUGCCUUCCUGAUCAUUAACCUCUUUGUAGCUGUCAUCAUGGAUAACUUUGACUAUCUGACAAGGGACUGGUCAAUUCUUGGUCCCCAUCAUCUGGAUGAAUUUAAAAGAAUCUGGGCAGAGUAUGAUCCUGAAGCCAAGGGUCGAAUCAAACACCUAGAUGUAGUGACCCUGCUCCGGCGGAUUCAGCCCCCGCUGGGUUUUGGGAAGCUGUGCCCUCACCGUGUGGCUUGCAAACGUCUAGUCUCCAUGAACAUGCCUCUGAACAGUGAUGGGACGGUCAUGUUCAAUGCCACCCUGUUUGCCCUGGUCCGGACAGCCCUGCGGAUCAAAACAGAAGGGAACCUAGAACAAGCCAACGAGGAGCUGCGGGCCAUAAUCAAGAAGAUCUGGAAGCGAACCAGCAUGAAACUGCUGGACCAAGUGGUGCCUCCAGCGGGUGAUGAUGAGGUCACGGUUGGCAAGUUUUAUGCUACUUUCCUAAUCCAAGAGUACUUCCGGAAAUUCAAGAAGCGCAAAGAACAGGGCCUGGUGGGCAAGCCUUCUCAGAGGAACGCCCUAUCCCUGCAGGCUGGCCUGCGCACGCUGCAUGACAUCGGGCCUGAGAUCCGACGGGCCAUCUCUGGAGAUCUGACGGCUGAGGAGGAGGUGGACAAGGCCAUGAAGGAGGCUGUGUCUGCCGCCUCUGAAGACGACAUCUUCAGGAGGGCCGGUGGCCUGUUCGGCAACCACGUCAGCUACUACCAAAGCGACGGCAGGAGCGCCUUCCCCCAGACCUUCACCACCCAGCGCCCACUGCACAUCAAUAAGGCGGCCAACAGCCAAGGUGAUGCCGAGUCACCAUCCCACGAGAAACUGGUGGACUCCACUUUCACCCCCAGCAGCUACUCGUCCACCGGCUCAAAUGCCAACAUCAACAACGCCAACAACACUGUCCUGGGCCGCUUCCCCCCACCCUCUGGCUACCCUGGCGCUGCCAGCACCGCCGAGGGCCACGGAACCCCCCUGUCUCCUGCCAGCCGGGUGCAGGAGGCUGCAUGGAAGCUCAGCUCCAAGAGGUGCCACUCCCGGGAGAGCCAGAUAGCCAUGGUGUGUCAGGAGGAGGUCUCUCAGGACGAGACCUAUGACGUGAAGAUGAGCGAAGACGCCGAGUACUGCAGUGAGCCCAGCCUGAUCUCCACAGAGAUGCUCUCCUAUCAGGAUGAUGAAAAUCGGCAAUUAACACCACCUGAGGAAGACAAGAAGGACGUCCGGCAAUCUCCAAAGAGGGGUUUCCUCCGCUCUGCCUCCCUGGGUCGAAGGGCCUCCUUCCACCUGGAAUGUCUGAAGCGACAGAAGAAUCAAGGGGGAGACAUCUCUCAGAAGACAGUCCUGCCCUUGCACCUGGUUCAUCACCAGGCAUUGGCAGUGGCAGGCCUGAGCCCCCUCCUCCAGAGAAGCCAUUCCCCUGGCACGCUCCCCAGGCCAUGUGCCACCCCCCCAGCCACACCCGGCAGCCGAGGCUGGCCCCCGCAGCCUAUCCCCACCCUGCGGCUGGAGGGGGCUGAGUCCAACGAGAAACUCAACAGCAGCUUCCCGUCCAUCCACUGCAGCUCCUGGUCUGAGGAGCCCACACCCUGUGGAGGAGGUGACAGCACCAUCCGGAGAGCCCGGCCAGUGUCCCUCACUGUGCCCAGCCAGGCUGGGGCCCGGGGCAGGCAGUUCCAUGGCAGUGCCAGCAGCCUCGUGGAAGCGGUCUUGAUUUCAGAAGGACUGGGGCAGUUUGCUCAAGAUCCCAAGUUUAUCGAGGUCACAACCCAGGAGCUGGCUGACGCCUGUGACAUGACCAUAGAGGAGAUGGAGAACGCCGCUGACAACAUCCUCAGUGGGGGCGCCCAGCAGAGCCCCAACGGCACCCUCCUACCUUUUGUUAACUGCAGGGACCCCGGGCAGGACAAAGCGGGGGGUCACGAGGGCGACGCCUGCACGGCCGCCCUGGCAUGUCAGAAGAGCGAGGAAGAGCUCCAGGACAGCAGAGCCCACACCGGCAGCCUGUAGGAGCCAGGGCUGGGGAGACGCUGGGUUUUUUAUUUGUUUCAAUGUUCCUAAUGGGUUCGUUUCAGAAGUGCCUCACUGUUCUCGUGACCUGGAGUUAACCGGAACAGCGUCUUCAUUCAUUUCGUUGGGACAAGACGCAGAGUUGGGUGGUGUGCAGAGUCCGUUUUCCGGGGGAAGGAAGGCAGCAAGCCUAGUGUGUGUUGUGUCCAAGAGGUAGAGUGGUGAGGAGGAGCGGAAGAAUCAGGGAGGGAGAGCAAGAGAAGAGACGCCUGCCCCCACCUCCGGGCGUGAAGGAGAGCCUCAGCUUCCUGCGGUACCCUCACCAAAAGGACCCUAUGUCAAACGGGUGUCUUUCAACUUUGCUUGUAAAAAAAAAAAUCCAUUUUGCACAUAUUCCGUAUGAGCCUCACUGUCUCCAUAGAGCCAGGGCCCUGUGGAUUUGUAGAAGGAAGCAGGAGUGGGACUUCAGCGAGGACCCAGCCCCAUCCCAGGGGGGAGGAAGGACAGAGAGAGGAGCUCAGGAGACAGGAGUGGAGGAGGGCGGAGGGCACGAUGGGAGGGCACGAUGAGGGGCAUGUGGCAGCCUCACGGCCAAGGCUCCCCACCACCCCCACCCCUCUGCCCCAGGAUCACAGGACGCACACAGGCCCACCUCGCUUCAGAGCAGCGGCUGGGCCUGCCAGGGAAGGGGCAACCAGCCCCUGGCAAGAUGAGGUGCUGCUGAGCUUCUGUCAAGCGCUCUUUUGUUUUGUGGUUUGACAUUUUUCUUGAUGGCAUGUUGCAGUUUUCGGGUUUUGUUUGGUUUUUGUUUUAUUUUAAUUUUGUUUUCCCAGGGGGAGGGGAGGAAGAAGUGUUUACAAAGCUUUGUAGCCACCCACCUUACUGUUUUCACUUUUGCAAAUGUAAAUUGGGUUUGGUUUUACUGUAUUAUUUAAACGGUUGUGGUUUUCUUUUUCUACGGUAGGCUCCAUCCAUAGAGCCAUCGUGGGCAAGUUUUACCAGCCAUUGUGUAUACGCAAUAAUUUGUUAUGAUUUCUGUAGGUAGUAACAAAAAUUUUUUGGGUUUGGUUUUAUAAUUUAAAGGUAACGCACUUGAUAUGGUCUUGCACAUAUGGGUGAUUGAGUUGGGCUCUUUUUACUGCGGGGUGUGUCCGUGGGUGCCGGAGAGAAGCAUGGGUGAGAGAGUCUCCGCGAGUGUGUGUGUUCUGUGUGUGCAUAGUGGGUUGUCCAUGUAUGUGCACCCAUGUGUGAAUGAGUGUGCAGCUCCCCCUUUCUGGUCUAACUGUGGGGAGAUCUGAAUCUGGGGCCAUUUGAAAGCAAAAACAAACCACUGUUUCUGCUUCUGAAAUGGGAAUCAGUAACUCUUUACAUUUUCUGUCCACAAGAUAUGCAAAAACAAUGCAAUAAUAUUCAUUUUAAAAAUACAAUUGUGAGUUGUGUUGGCAUUAAAGCUGUAUUUAAAACACACACACACACACACACACACACAGAAAUUUAAGGGAAAAACUCAAGAAGGCGUUUUGCUUCGAUAUAUUCCGUGUAAUGUUUUAUUGCAUUGAUGAUGUUUCUGUUGAAGAAACUGUUAUACUUGAAUUCAGGUCAGUUUCAGUAUUCUACAAAUAUUUUUUUAAAACUGAAUUGCAAUUGUGCCAAGCGAAUAUAAUGAAUUGAAUUAAGUUUGUUUUUGAAUUCACUUCUUGUAUAUUUUGCUGCAUGUAAGUAAAUCAUUUUGUAUUUGGAGUGUACAAGCUUUACCCUUGAACUCUGAAGUGCUUUCCUAUAUGUGGUUGGGGGAAAGGGAACAAGUAUUAUUUUAAUUUGUACGAUGAGCAAAGGUAUGACCAGUGUAAAUCAUUAUUCUGCAAUCCACACACAGGUUUGGACAUUACUGUUUUGCAUAUCUUGUGUUCACUUCCGUUUCCCUCCAUUUUUCCAAAACUAUACAAGAAGUAUAUCCGUCCUACAUCUUGCUUUGAGAGACCAGGACAUGUCUUAAUCCUGUCUUCAUUCUAUCCACUCUGCUCCAGUUGAUUGGGACUUGGUCUCGGGACAGUCCUGCCCCGUGAGCAUCCCCCAUGGGAGAGGUGGCUGGCUUUUCUGUUCACUUCCACUGCGUGAACUUGCCUCGGUGGUCUCCUCAGGAAAGUGCACGCUGACUGAGAGGAUGGAGCUAGAGUCGGGCUGGCUGGAGGGAAGGGAAUCCUCCCUCUGGCAACUGCUCUACCCAAACUCAGAUAGCAGGGGCCAGAGAACAGCAACCAGGUAAAACCUUUGUCCAUCCCAAAGUCAGCUCCGUCUCAUUCACUUCAUCCUCUCCUUGCUCUGGAGCAGGAUUUCCUCCAGGUCUCCCCUAAUGUGCAUGGCAGACAGGGAGGGGACCGGGACCAGGACUGGGGAGGACACGUCAGGAGUUUGCAGUGAUAGUGGAACCAGAGACACUGUGGGAGCAUCUCUUACGCCUAUUUGCGUCUACCUAGAACGUCAUCCUAUCCAUGCUGUUUCCUUCAAAUAGAUUUCAACAAUGAUGGUUGAAAAGGGAGUGAUUCAGGGAAAACAGGACCCAAACAUUCAUCUAGGAUUUACCCAGGGAAUGUCUUCCAGUGCCAGUAUGUUCCCAGCCCUUUACAGGAGCGACCUACUUGGGAAAAGUGAAGAUGAGUUUCACUUUUAAGGACUGAUUCAUGAAAGAGUGGAGAAAUACGCUGAAUGUUCCCAGGUACACUAACAGUGUAGAAGCAGAAGGGUUUCUCCCUGUUUCUCCAAGACUAAACCCUCCAAACUUCUUUGGUUCCUUUUCGGUGCCAUGCAGGCCUUCUAGAAAUUGCAGUUAGGUGUCAUCUUUGUCCAGUUUCCCAAGAUACCUAUCACCGUUCUGCUAAGAUUUUAGUUGUGAUGGAGAGCGAAGCCCUUUUGGAUUGAUAACUGAUUCUUGCUAUACAUGUGGUCCCUAGAUAGAAAUUUGGCAUCUUAACUGACCACAGACACAAACACAUACACACACACACACACACACACACACACAUACACACACACACACCACUCACACAUUCACUCAAACUUUCAUGCUACUUUCUUUUUUCCUUUUGGACUUGUCUUCUGCAUCACCAAAUCUCAUUGGCCAGUGGCAUGGGCUACAGGCUGGGCUUAUGCCAGCUACCCCUAAGGCCCUGCCUAAGUGUGCCCCCUUGCCCUUCACCACUCACACCUACAGAGUCCCUUCUUUCUAGUCAGCUAUGUUAGAAGGCCAGCUAGUCUUGCACCCUACAAGAGCAACAUCAGCAGUGCCAAGGGAACCUGGCCCUGUGCUGCUGGCAAGGAAAGGAGGUUUAGAUGGGAGUUCCCUGUGGAGGGUGAUGGGUCUCUAUGGCCUGACCUCAUGAUCAACUGGUAUGGUACUGACAGAGGAUACCUGUCAUCAUGGGUGCCUAGGUGGGUCAGUCAGCUAAGCAUCUGCCUUUGGCUCAGGUCAUGAUCCCAGGGUCCUAGGAUCAAGUCCUGCAUCUGCUCCCUGCUGAGCAGAGAAUCUGCUCCUCUCUCUCCCUCUGCCCCUCCUCCCCUUCUCAUUCUGUCUCUUUCUCUCUCUUUCUUAGAGAAAAAAUUUUUAAAAAUAACUUUUAUUUAUUUCUCUCUUUCUUAGCUCUCUCUCUAAUAAAUAAAUAAAAUCUUUAAAAAAAAGAUACCUGUCAUCAUGACAGACGGAUAAAAUGAAUCAUAAAAUCACAAACCUCACCAGCUGUGUAUUAAGUGAUGUCUGCCCCUCACCUAGAGCAGAACUUUGCCUGUGACCUUGUAAAACAUAACCAUCAAGUCUUCUGAGAACUUGUGAGUGGCAAAGAGAAAGCAGCCAAUGGCUGAGGACCAGAAGGACCUAAAGAAGUGCAGUGUAAGCUCUGGGGGCAUGAUUUUUAUUUUUCAUCUGAAUGACCUAUUGUAUUUCUACACUUUGGCCUUUUAAUAGUCAUGUGUCUGGCUAUAUUAAGCAGGGAGAUUUUCAGUUGUCUUCUUUCUGCCUGUUUCUAGAAGUUUCUUUUGGUCUUGAGGCAAAAAGAGAAGAAAGUUUUCCUAGAUUUUGGCUUGAACCAUGAAUUUUGCUCUGCUCUGCUUCAAAGGUUAUUAGUCAUAAUCCCUCCCAUCACCUUCUGAGUCUAACAGGCUGCCCUCUGACUGGGAGGUCCAAGGACAAAGGAACAAGACUUCCUUACUCUGUCUUUAUCCUGUGACCCUGCUUCUUCCGGGGCUUGUCUGGAGUGAAGCUAUCAGUUUCUCACAAAUAUUUUCCUUCCAGAUUAUCUCCUGAUCAUUCAGCUAUAGAUAGUAAGACAACCACAGGAGAAGGAUCCCAUUCAAUGCCUGAGACAUAAGAACACCCUGAAAAUGAGGAGUUUGGAAAUCAUCAAAAGGGUUUCAUAGAGGCCAGUUGAUACCUACCCAUCAUUCCUAAAGGUUAAGAUGUGUAACAAGAACCUAAUUUAGGCAUACAGAGUAAGUCUGGUAGUCAGGCUUUUAGCCUCAUCAAACCAUAAUUAUAAAUUUUGCUGAAGAGGAUAAUGGCAUCUCCAUCCUGAGGGACCUGGGGGGAAAAUGAAAUAUCAUUGUCUAAGAGUUAGAAACCCUUUAGCAAAGAGGCCACAAAAGGGCAAUUUGUUUUCAAGAGACCCAUUUAAGCCCCAAUUUAGUAAAACACUCGCUGAUAAGAGCCCAGGUCAGUUCAUAGAGAAGCUCUUGGUCACCACAUCCGGUUUCGCCAUCAGCUCCCUCUGAAGAGACAUAAGGAAAAGAGACAAGGAAACGAAGUGUCCUACAACUAUCAGGGAUGGCAUAGUUUUUUCCUUUCCCCAAGCCAUUCUCUCUAUUCCAGCCUUCUGCCCAACCCCCACUUUCCUUUCCUCCCCUCAGUCUAGUCAGAACAGGGAGUUGCAAGUAGUCCAAUAUGCAGAUUCUUAAAUAGUUUAUGAAGCUAGUUCUGGUUUUAACUUUUUUUUAUUUCAAAGCAAUGAAACAUUGCUUUGUGAAACCAGAUACCAAUGUAGCAAGUGGUUUCUGCCAGACUUCCACAUGGUUGGAACACACUUGAACACCACACAUACACACACACACUCAUACACACUUUCAUCCUCAUACACACACACACACACACACACACACACACUUCCUUAACAGACAGGUGCAGGUGCUGGGGUUGAGCUCUGCACAAAUGAUAUUGUCCUCCCAAAGGGCUGAGCACUGUAUAGAGAGAUGUGGAGAGAGGACCAGAGUAACUUCCUUGAGUAGAAAUAGUGCCAUCGGGCCCUAUUAUUACUGUGAACUAAAUAUUAUUUAUCUACAUUGAGAGAUACAACUACGUCUACAAUCAGACUUUUCCCUCACAUGAUUUUAAGAGGCUUGCUCCAGAAAAGAUGCAGUGGUAGAUUCUUCAGCUCUCCGAUAUACUGGAAAAGCCCUUUGAUCAGUCUCUGAAAGGGAAUUAGAGAUUGCCAGCAAAAUAUAUUGAGCUGAGUUGAACAACACUGAGAGUAGAGUCAGAGUUGGGACUUUCACAAAACUCCCCUCAGUCUCCACUAAAUUAAGGAAGACAAGAUAAAGACUAGAUAAUUAAACAAAAGCUUGAAAUGUUACAUCACCAGAGUCAAAUAUUCUCCCUUCAGAUUGCAUACUGGCCUCUUCACAGCUGUACUGUCUUUUGGAGGGCAUCCCAUGCAUCCGACUUUCCAGAAUCUAAUCUGACUUGAUAAGGUUCCUAGAAAGGGCAACAUGACAUUUAAUCUACCCUAAAUCCAACAUUUACUAUAAAUUUGCCAUCUAAAAAUCAUUGGUGUACCUCAUACAUAAGAAAGUGUUUCACCUGUGUCAUUAUUAAAGAAGUUUCUUGGUGAAGAGGUUGUAAGUCUUAAGGGAGGGUAAUUUCUAUGUGAAGAAACACAGAAAUGGACGGGAUUUUGCCUAUUCACUGUUUGAGCCUAGAGAACUGUUCUGAUGCUCCUCGAGUGUAUAAGCAGAGGGACGGGAAUGAGCGGGCACCAGCGGGCAGUGGGUCACUGCUGACGCUCGCCAUACUGCAUGCCUGCGGGCCUCAGACACUCUGCAUGAAGUCUCUCCUGAGCCCGCAACCCAGAGAGGAAAGAGAAGGCUCCCUUCUAUAGGGUCACAGGAGGAGCAAAAGAGGACAGGUCACUGUGUCCUGUGCCAAACCCCCUCCCCUGAGAUUUCCCAACAUGGGGAAACUACAGCAAAGCUUAAAAGAAAAAAGAAAAAAAAAAAAACCUUGGGAAGCAAGGUGGACGGCUAUAAACAAAGAACCCUGUGCAAAGGGCUCCUCCGUGAGGCAACUCCAGUGACCUGAAUGCUAUGAGCACUUUUCUGCUUGCACACAUCACACCACCCACGCAUCAAGCUGCAUCCUAUCCUCCCAGACUCACCCAUCUCUUGGUUUCUCAACUAGAUUAGGCACAACCCUGUAGCAGCUUCCUCUCCUGCCCAGAACGUGUGCUGUUCCUCCAGAGCCUCGUGGGAAUAGGGUCUGGGACAAACCAGGAUGUGGAUAUCAAAGGCGUAAACAAACUUAGGCAAAACUGUGACGGUAGGAGUGGAGAGCCACCUGCAGAGAAACACACAAGUCCCUUAAGAAAUAGGGUGGCAGGUCCCAAGCUGCUAAAGCACUGGAAGGUCUGUUACUCUCGUCAUCUGCUUGUUUUAUUUUAAAGCCCUAGAGCUGCCAAGCGAAACUCCCGUCCAUAUAAGAGGCUCCAGAAACAACCCCUUCCUCCUUCCUCUCCUCAUGUCCUCCUGCCCAGGCCCAAUUUCAUGCCUCUAAACCAAACUGUGUCAUGCUUGCUCUCAGAGCAAUGCAGAAAGAUGGACAGUGCCUCCAUUGUCAUCCCCUGCCUGUCACCACCCCCACACCCUUGUACACCCCACACUUUCCUCUCCAGGCUUCACGAUGUCGCAGUCUUACUGUUGUAAAUACUGUUGUACAGUUUGUAAUCAUCAAAUAACUCCAUUGUCAAGGCCUCGCCUGCUGCGCCUUCUCACCCUCGAGAAAGGCCAGGGAAUCUAGAAGGGGUAACCUUUCGAGAAGAGCUUCAGGGUCAUCUCUGUGUGAGACGCUAUGUAUAUUCCUGUAAGAUUGCAUUUUUAUCUAAGGAAUGAUGUUAUUUAAAAAACAAACAAAAAACACCAAAAAACAAGAAUUGCAAAUAAAUUUCUUAACAAUGUCUA